UUGUAGAAACCAACAAAACUCCGUUCCGCUAUUAGCGAGUCUUAAGCGAAUGUUCGCUCUGUACAGUUAUUUGUGAUGAGAUAUUUUAGUUCACGAAAGAAGGGGGGUUGUCUAGCACUAUAAUAGGAAAAAAUGAAUGGAAAAUAGAAAAAGUAAAUCACAAAAUGAAAAUUAUAUUAACGAAACAAAAUUUGACAGACUGAAGAACCAACAGAACAAAGGACAGAGGAACGAGAAAAGAUAACGCAAGGGGGAAAGAGUCACAUAGCAGACAUGCUUGCGUUGCUCUAGUAUAGCAUCCAACCACGGUUUACUGGUUUUGUUUGGUUGAGCUGUAUUGCAUUUUUUGCAAUUUUCUAAUCGUAUGUAGUGUUCACAUACUAUCUUUCAUUUACACUAAGUUACUCAGUGUUGUGAGGUCAUGUUUGCAUUGCUGUAACGAGGAAGAAGAUGUGUUCUUUCUCGUUUUGCUCUUGGGUAUGACAAGUGCAAUGCUUGAAAAGUAUUACCAAUGCACUGGAUAGCAGCAGUUUUGUUUGACUUCAUUCAGUGGACUAGUCGUGGCUCCUUGAAAAGUUUUUUCUUAUUCAUUGAGGUACUGUUUUUUCUUUCCUCUUUCGUAAAAAAAGCAUAAUAAACACGCCCAAAAUGGAAAUAUACUCACACAAUCGAAAAAAAUAGACAAAUCAUCUCAUCCCAAAACUGAAAAAUGAUUUGUAGCGCUGACGGGGAAAAGUUUAGUAAAUGAAUUACACAAAGUAAAUUUGAAAGUUAAAACAAAAGCGUUAGUAAAAAAACGGGAAGCAAAACGCGCACGCGCGUUAAAACGAGUUUGUAUAUAGUAGUCGUAAGCUGCUGGAAUCGCGAGUAAACAAGUUAGAAAAACACAAGGUUACACUUAAAACAAAAGAAAAAAAAACGCCAACCUAUAACUCCCUGGUCAUGAUGCUGUUGGGCAGAGUUCGUUAGGAGGAUGGAAUCACCCGUUACAAUAACAAUAGUGCAAGAGCAAAAAGUGCAUUCAGAAUGUUGCAAGCUGUGUCGGUUGGAAAACAAAGCAUGCACAGCCAAGCAAAACAGGCCAGAGAAGAAAGAAGAGAGUUAGAAAAAAGAAAAAUGUUUUCUAGCUCUUUCGGUUAAAUGGUGUUAAUUUAGUAUAAAUCAAAAUCUCUCUCUAUCUCUCUUCCCUUUCCCCCCGUCUAUUUAAGUAACGAGGAUGACCGCGCCUUGCAAGAGGCACACACAUACACACGCAAGGGUUAUUUAAUUGUGAAUGAAGUAGAAUUAAUCGAAACGAUGAGAGGAAGGGAUUCUAUUUUACAAAAGCAACAGUAUGGUGCGAUGUGUCUGUUCGCCACAUAUAAGCUGCUCGUCAAAUGCAAAAACGUAACACAUUCCAUCUGACGGGUGGCGGUGUGAUGAUGGUGUCGGUGCUGAUUGGAUACAAUCGAUUGAGCCGGAAGUGGAAUGCUUUUGACUCGAACUAACAUUUCGAUUUCCGCGCUCUCCUCCUCGUCCUGGUACUCGUGCGUGCUUGUGGUGGGCAUUCAUGUAGUACGAUGACAGAGAAACACCGGUGCGGAGGUGGUGAAAGAUUGGUUCGAUUGCUGCGAGAUAUAGAUUUAUGCUGUAAAUAACACUUACCAGGAAUAUUAGACACGCACUAGCACCCGUCUCUCUCUCCUCUUUCUCGCCCUCAAUUCUGGUCCAUUAUUAGGAAACCCAAUGAUACGCAAAAAAAAGAUGAAUCUCUCCGUCGUCACAUUUGUUGAUGGCUGGUUUUGGCGAAGGCUGAAAAACAACGCGUACCGUGGCUAGUGGUUCCAAAAUCGAAAAGAUUUGCGGAAGAAACGCUACUUAUUAGGAGUUCGAAAAGGUCCUGUUUUGUGGUGCAUUCUUCAUGUCUGCACACUAUUAUUCUGCUUUUUUUUUUUAACCUGCAGAAUUAACAUUUUUGCUAACGUGUCCCUUUGUAUUCUUGGGAGCAUAAUACCAUUCUGAUUGCAAUUCGAUGGUGCCGUCUCUUACUGCAAUGGCGAAGUUUUUUUUUUGUAAAUUGUCUAUUUUUAAGCCGACAGAACUCCAUCUCCAAAGGCAACACCAGCUGUUGGAGACGAAGAUCCAAGGAAUGACAGGAACCUUACUUGAUGGCACAAACAAACACAACGUUGAAUAUACCAUUUCCUUUAAUUAUUGGCGGGGUUUUGUUGUUUAAAACAGCAAAGUUGUUUGUGCUUGCUUGCGUGAAUGCUACUUACUUUUUAGAUUUCCUAAGCCAACUUAGCAUCCCCAUGAGUUGAGUAGGCGAGCAGUUAAAAACACCUUCAUUAACUGCACAAGCGAAUGCACGGAUACUGUUGGCGUGUUUAAAUUAUGAGUUCGGGUUCGCAACUAGUGAAUGGGAGCAGUAGUGGAGCAAAAUAGCAGGGAGUGGAAAGGAAUAAGCUGCCUAGUGAUAGUGAGACAACUUGCGCGUGUUUGUGUAUGCGUUUGUGUGUGU